GCGGAGUCUCUCCUCCUGGAUGGUGCGGAGCGCCUCGAGGACGGACCGGCGUGGAGGGAAGUGCGGCACCGAACCUGUCUAUCUCUUACACGCACGGACACAGACAGUGAGGAGGUGAAGUGUGAAGAGUGUGUGCGUGGCCGCCCGCCGUGGACAUGGAGCGCUGGACCGGCAGGGUGGCUCUGGUCACCGGAGCUUCGGUGGGCAUCGGCGCGGCCGUGGCGCGCGCUCUCGUCCAGCACGGCAUGAAAGUGGUGGGCUGCGCUCGGAGUGUGGACAAGAUAGAGAAGCUGGCGGCGGAGUGUCAGAGUGCCGGCUACAGCGGCACGCUCAUCCCGUACAAGUGCGACCUGUCCAACGAGGACGAGAUCCUGUCCAUGUUCUCCGCCAUCAAGACCCUGCACCGUGGCGUGGACGUGUGCAUCAACAACGCUGGCCUGGCCCACGCCGAGCCUCUGCUGAGCGGCAGGACCGACGGCUGGAGGAACAUGCUUGACGUGAACGUCCUGGCCCUGUCCAUCUGCACGCGCGAGGCCUACCGCUCACUCAAGGAGAGAAACGUGGACGAUGGCCAUAUCAUCAACAUAAACAGCAUGGGGGGCCACAGGAUAGUGCCGAGCGCCGAUGAGCACUUUUACUGCGCCACCAAGUACGCUGUGACGGCGCUCACUGAGGGGCUGCGGCAGGAGCUUCGGGAGGCCAAGACGCACAUACGAGUCACGUGUAUAUCCCCUGGCAUCGUGGAGACAGAGUUCGCCUUUCGCCACCACAACAGCGACCCUGAGAAAGCCGCUGCUACCUAUGAGAGCAUUAAGUGUUUGAAGGCGGAGGACAUAGCGACUGCGGUUGUGUACGUACUUGGUGCACCUCCCCAUGUGCAGGUUGGAGACCUGCAGAUGCGGCCGGUGGAGCAGGUGUCGUAGCAACCGGAGGGGAAGCGACUGGACCGAUCACGAGGAACGUGGUGGAUCGGCACUGACCUCUGCUGGAGCAGGGAAUAGUUUUUAAACUGGAAGUUAAGGGUCGGGUUUGGAGAUGGCAGGACAAAACAUUCAUGCCAUCCCUUUGAGUGCCACGUUUGUUUAUUUGCUAAAGUACAAAGUAAAUGAUAGCCCCCCAUUAACAGAACAUAGUCGACUUUUUGUUUUCCUCUGAAUCGCUGUCCUGAUUUUGUGGUUCAAUGCAGUUGCUACAGAGAGGAAACCACCAUUAUUUGCUCUUUUUUUUUUUCAAAAAAUUCCAUGUAUCUGUUUAAAAAGAAAAAAGUUAUAAUUGUUCAAAGUAAGGUUUGGAUCUCUGUUAUUUUAUUUUUCUUUUGUUUCAUGAUUUUGAUUGUAGAGGUAGUUAAGGCCCAUACUGUAACUAUGGGUGAUCAGUCUAUUUUUUUAUUGUACUGUUGUUGAGAUCUGGCGAGUUCCAUGCCUGUGUGCUCUGUAAAGUAUCGGCUUGCUCUGGCAAUGGUGAGAGAUGGAAUAAUGAUGAGUAAAGUCCUACCUUUUAGCAUACCUGUCUGUCCCACUCCAUGCAGUGACAUGUGUAAUGGCACUUUUGAAUUAUUCUGGUGUGAGCAAAACACCAUUUUCUUGUUUAGGCAAAGUUUCCAACUCAGAAAUGGGCACAAAUAUGAUUAAAGGAUUAUUCUUGUUCCAGUGUGUACAGUGACUAGUUAUUCUCAAUAAACUUUUUAUUGUUAUA